GUAGUGCUUGCUGAAAUCACAGCGAGAGGCUUUACACCGCCUGUAACAGGCGAGCAGAAGGGGCUCCUCCGCUGAGCGAGUGGUGGGUGGACCCAGAACCACUGCAAGGAUUUUAUGUUGUAAUGCAUAAUCUGGUAAAACAAUUACUGGAUGUUGGGGGAAGCAACCCUGUGCUUGCUCCGUGGUACGACGGGGGUGUUGCUUUUGGGUGGGGGCGGUUUUGUAAGGCUGUGGUCAUGGCUCCCACCUAAAAAAAAAAUCUAUUGCUGUGUCUGAAGUAGAAAAAAACCAAAAUGAAAGAGCUUGUCUGGUUUUCUGGGCUGGAGGUAGAAAGCACAUCACAAUUUUAUGCUUCUGCCUGGCAGGGACAGCGUCCCUGCCCUGGGAGCUCUGGGCCUCACCAGUGCUGGUCUCAACCUGGCUGGUGGCUUUGUGGUGUAGACAGACAUCGCAGAGGGGCAGUGUCAUCUGAUGGCUCGUUGUUUUCUUCUCCUUACUGCAUCCAAAGAAACCCAAGAUGGGAAUCCAGGCCUAAAAGAUAAAAGAUCGUCUACAUUCAAAAAAUCACUCACACCUGAGAUGCCAGGUGGUUCUGGGCAGCCAGGCUCACAGACGAUAAAGAAAGGGCACAGAGGAGUGGACUCCACGGGCGAGACUACCUAUAAAAAGACAACAUCAUCUGCCUUGAAAGGUGCCAUUCAGCUGGGCAUUACACACACAGUUGGAAGCUUGAGCACCAAACCCGAAAGAGAUGUUCUCAUGCAAGAUUUCUACGUAGUAGAAAGUAUUUUCUUCCCAAGUGAAGGGAGUAACCUCACCCCAGCUCAUCACUACAAUGACUUUCGGUUCAAAACCUAUGCCCCAGUGGCCUUUCGCUAUUUCCGGGAGCUCUUUGGGAUCCGACCAGAUGACUAUCUGUACUCGCUCUGCAGUGAGCCACUCAUCGAACUUUCAAACUCUGGGGCCAGCGGAUCCCUCUUCUACGUAUCCAGUGAUGAUGAGUUUAUCAUCAAAACGGUUCAGCACAAAGAGGCUGAGUUCUUACAGAAGCUGCUGCCUGGCUACUACAUGAACUUGAACCAGAACCCAAGGACGCUGCUGCCAAAGUUUUACGGUUUGUACUGUGUCCAGGCCGGAGGCAAAAACAUUCGCAUUGUUGUGAUGAACAACCUACUGCCGCGCUCUGUCAAAAUGCACCUGAAAUAUGACCUGAAGGGCUCCACCUACAAACGCCGAGCAUCCCAGAAGGAGCGGGAGAAGGUCUUCCCAACGUACAAGGACUUGGAUUUUAUGCAGGACAUCCCCGAUGGCCUCUUCUUAGACUCUGACAUGUAUAACGCUCUGUGCAAAACGUUACAGAGAGACUGUUUGGUCCUGCAGAGCUUCAAAAUCAUGGAUUACAGUUUGCUUGUUGCAAUCCAUAACAUCGAUCUGGCACAGAGAGAGCACGCGAUGGCAGACGGCACAUCGCAGACCGAUACGCGGCGGCCCGCUGCCCAGAAGGCCCUCUACUCGACCGCCAUGGAAUCCAUCCAGGGGGAGGCCCGGCGAGGCGGCACCAUAGAAACAGAUGACCAGAUGGGAGGCAUUCCAGCCCGCAACGCGAAGGGGGAGAGGCUGCUGCUGUACAUCGGCAUCAUUGAUGUGUUGCAGUCCUACAGAUUUGUCAAGAAGCUGGAGCAUUCUUGGAAGGCCCUUGUACACGAUGGGGACACGGUAUCUGUGCACAGACCCAGCUUCUACGCCGAAAGGUUCCAACGGUUCAUGUGCAACACAGCCUUCAAGAAAAUACCACUAAAGCCAUCCCCUUCUAAGAAGAGCCGGUCUGGCACAACGGUUCCUCGGCGGAGCUGUCAAGGAGGAGUGCCUUCCCAGUCGCACAUGUCGUGCGAGACAAAAGCACAAGUAACGACAGAGGUGGAUAUUGAGCAAGGUUCCCACCUUGGUCGCCCAGAUCUCCUGCCCAGGACCCUGCCAGUAGACGAAGCUAACAGCGAUUCCAUUGCAACAACCCUGUCCACUUCUUCCCUGGGCAGCGGAGGCCUCAACUCGCCUGCAAAUAGGUCAGUGGGCGUACAAGUGCAUAAAGCUGACAGCUCAGCAAAGGAUUUGACUAGAGCAGCUCCCGGCAUCUUCCUGUCUAGCGGCUCCCCAGGACCUUCCAUACCUGAGCACUCCGCAGAGCUGAGAGAGCAGCUCGAAGACCUGCAAGAGACAGAGAUAAGCUUUUGAAGCAACACCAAGACCACCGCGAUGGAAGCAGAUUGUCCUGUGCUCUGCGUGGUCUGUGGAGUCUGACAAACGUUCAGCCCCUGUUGCUGAUUUUUUUUUUUUUUAAAAAAAAGACAUCUUAUUUGGACAGAAACCUAAAAGCUGGAAGGCAGGGCUGUGCUUAGUGGGAUAGUAUUAACAAAGACCAAGCCAGCGCAGCUGAGCCUCGGACACCUGGAAGUCUCCUUACAGCAGAGCCCACCACUGUGUCCCUGCUGUCCUUCUUUGAAGCCCGGCAGGAGCAAAGCCGGCUGUCGAGAGGAGGAGGAGGAGCUGCUCCGUGUGGGCUGAGGCCCUCUGGAAAAGGGAUCCGACUUUCAGGGAGUUAGCUGCUUCCGAUGCUGACACCACAAACCUUGCGAGAGCAGGCGACUCUUCAGAGUUCCUGGGGCGGAAACAGGCAUUAGCGCCUCAUUGGGGCAGUUUGCGACAGAGCAAUGGGGUUUUAUUUCGUAUUUUACACAAGUUUUUAAUUUAAAUGUUUCUCUGAAUUCAGUCAUAUCACUUCAUUUUAGUCCUGCAAUAUAGUAAUUUUUUUUUAAUAAAUAGGUUUUUUCUGUAGUGUUCCAUCAUAGAGUAUCUCACGUGAGAGAGGCGGAAAGGGGGAAGAAGCCGCGCUGACCGUGGGCGAGCGCCUCUCCCUGGCUGCCGGAGCCGCCUCCAUUUUCAAUCCUGCAUCGCCCUGAGACAGCGACGAGGAGGGCUAGGUGCUGCGCUGUGUUGCUCGGAGGACUUCGAACGUGCAAAGCUUUUUAAGACGUCAGGGAGGUUUUGGAUUGCUUUGUCCCCCGCUUUUUAAACUAAGCCCUCUGUCCCUUCGCCGCCAAGCAGGGAGUCGCAGGUGAAGGGAGAUCUUUGUAAGGGGCACAUUUUUUUUAAAAUAUUUCUUACGCAAACGGACCAAACCCAGCCUGCUCCGUUCCCUUCCCCUGCCCUCCGUCCUGUUCGGGCACCACGUGCAAAACCCUUCCUGUUUUUAUAGAUCGGCUCCCUUUUGAUAUCUCGCCUGUAUCGUAGCUGCGGUCGACGCUGGUGCUCCCGGCGGCUUGAGACUGAGCUUCCUACAUAAAUGGGACGGACUUCUGCCUCCACAAAAGGACGGGGCAUUUUGAGUCCGAUUUUAAACAAAAUGAUAAGCUGAAAGGAGGGAUUGUUCUGCUGAUUCCCGGCGGUGACGCCGGCCCGCGCCGGCUGCAAACGCUUCCCUGGAGAUCUCGGAGCAGACGUUGGACUGAUCUUUAUUUUCACUAAAUGCUUUUUUUAAAAAAAUGAAGUGACUCUUCCCCGUGUUCCCGGUGGGUUAGAAUCCUCUGUUCUUUUUUAUAUAUAUAUAUAUUAAAAAAAAGUAAUUUAAAGUUUGCCCUUGCGGUAGUGCAAGGGGUUUCUAUACUAAUUAGCAAUGAUUGCUAAGGAAACAAAGAAUGUAGUGGUGUAGAAAGGGAUUUUUUUAGUUGAUGUUUCAGAGCCAAGUCUCUUCCCACCUUCUACUUCAAGCUUCAAGUGGAUGCGACACAAGCUGAUAUUUUUUAAGAAAAAGCAUUUUUUUGUUUUUAAAGAAUUCUAUUUUUUUUCCCGAAAGACCAAGUGGAAUGGCCUUACUCCGGGUAUCCGGAUCCCCAGGGGGUUGGUGGAACACGAGGACAGUCGCUGUUCACAAACUUUGGUUCUCAAGGGCUCUCAAACCUUCUGACGCCGAUUUAACGUCGUGACGAGACCCGUGAGCGGGAGGAAGAUCGGCUCGGGGACGCCCGCGCCGUCUCUGCUGGACCUUCCCGUCUCCCUCCCCUGUACCUCUGACUCCAUCCAGCAGGUUACACUUUAUAGCUGACGUAACUGUCUAUAUUAGACACUCGUUUCUUAUCUUCCCUCCUAAACCGUAUUUGUUUUGUUUUACUUCUUCACCAGGAGGGAAGCAAACCAAGUCUCAAUUUUUUUUUUUUCCAUGGUUUAAUAUUUAUGAACUUGUAUUUAAGUGUUGGGUUGGUUAUUUUUUUUUUUUCCCUUUGCCUGGGGAUAGUUACUCAGUGAGCAGGGGGGUGGGGGGGUGGGUGGCGUUUAUAUAUCGACUUCUGCUUUGUAAUGGGUUCUCAGAACCGCUUCUUUUUUUGUGCGUGCGUGUUUCAAAGUAGCGGGCAACGGGUUUUCACGUCUUUUUAAACACCCGAGCGGCUUUUCUCCAGCGCGGGGAGGGGACUUUGCUUCUGCCAUGCUGGGGUCAGGGACUGGGGGAGCAGCCGAUGCCGCCGUGACCUCCGCAUCGAUGCCGGGUGAUGGGACAGAGCGCGAUGGACCUCUCCUGUCCUGCUCGGCACCGUCACCGCUGGGACCCCCAGGAGCAUCGCCCGGGAGGGCCAGCCGCGUCCCCGUCCCCCCGCCCGGGGAGCAGCUCGUGCCAUGCGUGACCCUUGUCCUUGCGGCUCUGUAACGCUUGUGGCCUCGUCCGCUGUUGGAACCACGCUGUCUCUUGGACGCGCAAUACACGGUGUGCUGCUGAACCCAC